AGCGGGCCCGCCCGAGCCGGACCGAGCGCCGACACAGCCGACGGGACAGCCCGCGUCCCCGGGCCCGCCGCGAGGAUGGGGCGGUGGCGGGCCGGGCCCUGCUGCCUGCUCCUGGCCGCGGCCUGCGCCCUGGGUCGGCCCCCGCCGCCCUCCGUCGUGCGCUGCCAGCCCGCCGGCGCCUGCUUCAGCGUCCACCUGGCCAACGCCUCGUACGACGAGGCCCGCAGCGCCUGCGGCAGCCGGGGGGGCGGCCUGGCCUGGGUGAGCGCCGAGUCGGAGCUGGAGCUGCUGCUGGCGCUGCUGGCCGAGGUGUCCGCGGGGCCCGCGCUCUUCUGGGUCGGGCUGAAGAGGAACGCCUCCGCCUGCACCGACGGGGAACGGCCGCUCCGAGGCUUCUCCUGGGAGGAGCGCGGCGAGGCGGCCCUGCGGGAGGUGCCGGCGGCGCUCGGCCGCUGGGCGAAGGAGCCCGUGCGGACCUGCACCGCCGCCCGCUGCGCCGGGCUGCACCUGGCGGGCGCCGACGGCCCCCGCUGGGGAUGGCGGGAGCUGCCCUGCCAGCGGCACGGCCGGGGCUACGCCUGCCGCUACCGCGAGGAGGGCGCCUGCGCCGACCUCCGCCCCGACGGCGCGCUGAGCCUCGACUACCGCCUCCCCUUCGGGAACGGCGGCGCCGCGCCCGGCUUCAGCCCGCCGGGCACCGAGCUUGCCGUGGCGUGCCCAGCUGGAGAGGUGCUGCUGCGCUGCCGGCACGGUCCGGGCGGCUUCGCCUGGGAGGGCGCGGAGGAGCCCCACUGCCCCUGCAAAGAGCGCUGCGCCCCGGCCUCCAGCGCCGCCCCCAGCGCCGCGGCCGACCGCCGCCUCUCUGCCCCGGCACCCGGCGGCUCCGCGGGGCCGCCCGCGACCCUGCCCGCCGGCCGCGGUGGGACGGCCGCCCCGCCGCCCUCCUCCUCCUCCAACUACGUCUUCAUCCUGGUGACGGUGGCCGUGGUGGUACUGGUGAUCCUCGUCAUGACCGUCCUGGGGGUCUUCAAGUUGUGCUUCAACGCGAAGGCGGCGGGCGGCGAGGCGGAGACGGGCGGCCCGGAGCCGCGCGGGACUGCGAGUGUCGAGUAGCGGCGGCGAGGACCGCACCGGCCCGGGGUUACGGCCUCUCAGAGGCAGCCGCGGGUCUGGCGCCUCCCAAAACCUCCGCGGCAUCUGCAAAGUGGAAGGCUUUGCCCGCUAGUGCCUUGCUAUUCAGAACCCGUCUGAGGGGCACCGGUGGGCACUCGUUUGCUUGCUGAUUGCUGGAACAUUUGGAGAUGUGAAGCACCAUAAUUUCGGAGGAAACUGCGACCUAUACUCUUUGAGAGUGGCGUUCUUAAAAACGAGGAGCAUCUCCAUACGUAGAUGGGCAUUAAAUUGCUGAAGAAGUGGGAGGUUAAUGGGGAGUCAUUUUAUACUUCACUUGAUUGAAAGAAUAAAGGAUGAUUUAAA